UUACAAUGUGUUCACACCUUGGUACAACCAAGUUGAUUAAAAAUGAUUACAAAAAACAAACUCGUUAAUAGUUUAAUUAAUUUAACAUAAUUGUGUUUUUAUAAUUAGUCUUCAAAGAUUUUGGUUGUGGGUAGUUCAGUUGUAUCUUGGUUUAUAGCAACCCUGUUGACAUGACGAGACACAUUAACUUAUCUUAUGCUUAGUAUACUUAUUCAACAAUAUUAUUAAAUAGUGAUAGUGGUAUCGGAUUUAACCCAAACGGAGAAAAUGUUGCGUUUGGUUUUUAUAACUUUAUUCGUUUUAACAAAUGUGUUUAGCUUAUAGGACUUUUGAUGUGGACGGCGAGGAAACUAUAUUGGCUUUUGAAAAUGAGAAAAUUCAUAUUGGAUGCAAAUCGGAUUAUCCCAUGACUUACUGCGGUUUUGUCGAUCCGUAUGGAAAGCGAUACUCAUUUACAGAUUUGGCUGUACAUGACGGUAAAUGUAUACAUGUUAUAAAAGCGAAAAAGGCCGAUAGUGGGGAGUGGAGAUGCCAUAUCGGUAGCAAAUCAGUUCGGUUGGAGACUAUCAAGAAAAUCCGCGUAAGAGUGGUUAGUCAGUUAGCCGCAGUUCAACCAAAUAUUACCGCACAUCUCGGGAAGGCGAUAACCUUAACUUGCGCCACAACUGGAGGCUUUAUCCCGCUAAGUUAUUGUCGAUUUGAACCGCCAAAUGGGAGAUCUUUUAGUAUCGACGAAAGUGUAACAGAUUCCAACCUUAUUCUGAAUAGGUAUUUCUAUCCUAAUAACCGAAGUCUGGACCGAGGAGAUUGUUGUGUAACUAUACGUAAAGUGAAGCCUGAGGAUCAAGGAUUAUGGAUAUGUGGGGCUGGCCUCGAAGAUAGCAAAGAGCAUUUCGACACUAUUACCUUAGAUAUUGAAGGGAUGAACACAAUGUCCACGGCAUCGACAACCGCGGUAACUAUUGGUGGGAUUUUAGUAGCCGUCGCUUUGGGCUUCAUUCUUUACGGGCUGUGGAAGAGAAAGGGAUUAUUAGGAGUUCAAGAAAAUCAGCCUGAAGACAUAGAAAUGAGAACACCACAAACAAGAAGACACGUGCCAGAGGUGGUUGUUGUAUCUCCUUCUACAGCAACUCCUGCCGAGUCUCCACUCAUGUCGAGUACGAGGUCCGAAUAAUGCUUUAAAUGUUCUUUUGUCUGAGAUCAUGGUGUUUGUAGUAUCAGGAUUUGCAUCCCGAAGCCUCUUGUGGGUUGAAGCCAUUAAGCCAAUAAGACGAAGAUUUUAUUAUUUUGUUGACGCAAAUAAAACUCAGUUAUAUUAAAACAUUUUUGGCACGGCUAUUGUUAAAAAUG